CUCCGGCAAAAACCUUGAGCGGAAAUAAUGAGUUGAAGUCCCAGAGUUGCUCCCCCGAUCGGUUGGCUCAAGUCACAUGUCAAUAAUCUUCCGACCCGUGGUUUCAAGACGCUGUCUAGAAGGUUCACGCGCAUGAUCUUGAUGGACCCUCCCUCCCUAGCAUUCUAGCUAGUAUUCUGGUAUUCUGGUCUUUGGGGUUCGAAGAUGAGCCAGCCUCAAUCUCCCACGGGUGUCUGUCCGGUGACGUGGGAGUGACCUGCUCAGUCAUGUUGAGUCGCUUGGCCCGUUGGACCGAGCGAUUGCGGCCGCAGCCUAGCCCGCCAUCUAAGACCUGGCUAAGUCGGUUGAGCUCGGGCCAAGCGGGGUCGGGCCAGUCCCGCGGUCAAUCCAGCAUGUGCCCUGCCACGCGUCGGCCGGGGGUCUGGCUUCGAUACACCCUUCUGGGGUUUGGCGUGUUGGGUGUGACCUUUUGGACUGUCCGAUAUUUCAGGUCUGGUCUCGACAGUCCCAGUGACGGCCUCAAAUUGAGUCUGAUUGCGGCUUUCACGGCGGGUUUAGGCUUUCUCGGCCAUCGAUACAUUCAGCUGCGGUUGCACCCCAUCGGGCCCAACGGCUUGGCCUUGGGCCGAAACUUCAAUUUGCCCGCGCCCAUUAUAACGCAUACCCCCAGAGUGGCUUAUUGUCAAACGGAGGAGGAAUCCGCUCGGAGUACAUUCGAUCGGCAUCUGAGUGACACGCAUAAGAAAAUGCAAAUGGCCAAGGAGGACGCGAGGAUCAAGAUCGAAGAGAUGCGUGAAGACGCUUCGGAAAUCUUAACCAUGAAAACUGAGGAGUUGUGGUCGCGGUUGCGUGAGCGCUAUGUGACCCAAGCAUUGGAAGAGGCCUUUGAUUUCGUGACCAACAUCAUUGACAAUCUUCGCGAUUUUGGUGAGAUCGACAAAGAAGAGUUUGAUUCACCCCUGUUCGUGCUCCUGGCCUUGAUCAAAACUGUGCAAGACGACCUGGAUCAAGCUUGGAUCGAGUCUCUUCCCAAGAAGUCGCAAAUCGAUUGGGACACUUUCGAACUUCAUCGUCGAGUCAGUGGACACGCCCUGAGCGUUUACGAUGCUUCAGAUGAAGAAGAUCCCACCGAACAGGCCAAACUCCUGGAUAUCCCGAAUGACACGGAUAUUGUGUACACGUAUUUCAAGGACAAUGGCGACCACGUGCCCAAGUUCAUUUUGUUUUUGGAUCACGAAAUCGGAUCGCUCAUCUUGUCCAUACGAGGCACUCAUAGCUUGACUGACGUGAUCAUCGACUUGAUCUGCGACGACGAAGAAUUCCUUGAUGGCCACGCCCAUCGUGGAAUCAUGCGCGGCUCCUGCAAAGUGCUUAACGAGGUCAAGGACAUUCUCCAUCAGACCUUACUCAAGUAUCCCCGAUAUCGUCUCAUUCUGACGGGGCAUUCCUUGGGAGCGGGCACGGCGGAGUUGCUGACCAUGGUCAUUUUGAAAGAGAAGGAGAAGUAUGUGCCCAAGGAGACCGAGAUCCAAUGUGUGGCCAUUGCUCCACCCCCAGUGUACCGCACAGACAGUCAAGUUCCCAAGGAUAUGAAAGACGCCAUCAACAUCUAUAUCAAUAAUCAGGAUUGUGUGCCCCGCAUGUGCCUGGGCUCAAUUGCCAAGUUGUUGGCCAUGGUCAGAGCUGUGGAUAAGCUAAAUAUAGAGAAGAGAGACCAAUUCAAGGUUUUCAUCGGCUACGACGAUGACGAGACCAAACAGAACUUUGCCAGGAUCCAAUCCGUGAUUCAAGAGAUCAAACAAGAUCGAUUUCCCUUUCUGGAACAUCCGGGCAUUAUUAACUAUCUGUAUAAAUUGAAACCCGUCGAGGGUGAGGGAGAUGACCUGUCUGAUAAAAUGUGCGUGGUCAAUCAGGACUCUGCGAGUUUCACUCGCGAACUCAUUAUUUUGGAACGUAUGAUUUUGGAUCACUUGAAGCCAUAUUACAUCAAAGCCUUUGACAAAUGUGGGAUAGACACACGAAAAGGAAAGUCGGGCUGAAGGCCAUUCAUUUUAGAGUGGAUAUUCCGCUUUGCGGACGUGUACAUUGGUCAUCCCGUCGGCGAAUCCGGCUUCCGAAUGGAUGGAAACUUCUUUUCCGUUGGGACGCGGUCCUUGAUCUUUGAUUCCAAAGCUCCAAUUUCCGUUCUCGUAGAAUCCAAAAAGCAAACAGUCGUGUUCAUAAAGGUAAUAUCUGAAAUGAAAAACGAGACAACAAUUGUGCCAUACUCGUUUGUCAACUUUACCAUUUGAUUUAUGUUCAAUGUGCUCAUGAACUGAAAGCAGUAAUAAAUGCUACGAAGCGUGAGAAUUUUCA